AUGGGUUUCAUGCGAGGUGGCAAGGAAUGUGUGGGCGGCGGCAACGGAAAUCUGGGACUAUUUGGGAUCGAAUGUGGACCUCCGCAACUCCAGAAACCUCGAUCGCGUAUGCCUCGUAUGACCCCGGAGACUCCCGAGACCCCCGCGCCCUCCACCACACCCAAGAAGAAGAAGAAGAAGAAGAAGAAGAAGAAGAAGGAGAAAAAGAAGAGGCUGCGCUCCGCAAAAUUGGCGAACCUCAGUACCUUGGCGCGCAACGCCGCCCACGGAAUGAAAGAGGGCUUGGCAACUCCGCCGCCGGGUGGGGUGGCUGGCUUGCCGUACAGCUUCAAAUUUAGCGAAGGCGUGUAA